UCACUCUGCUCCGUCUCUCAGCUCAGCUCGCUGCGCUCUAGACCACAGACAUGGCUCCGUAGGACUGCACAUGGCGGCCAGCGGCCAUGAACCAAAAUACCCCCACAACUCACCAAAAAUAAUAACAAAUCUUGAUUUGAUUAAUUUCGGACUCAUCAAUUCCAUCCUUGGCAAUAUUUGUUUUGUUUUCAGCGUAGGCGAGAGUUUGAGGCAGAGGCUGCUUGGAACUCCUCGCUAUUUUAACUUACAUUUUUACUUCCCUAGCUUUAAUUCCCCCCUCAGCAGUCAUGGGUGUUCAAGGCUUUCAGGAGUACAUCGAGAAGCACUGCCCGAGCGCCGUGGUGCCGGUGGAGCUGCAGAAGCUGGCGCGAGGGAGUCUGGUGGGAGGCGGCAGGCAGAGGCCGCCGCAGGGCCCGUUGCGCUUGCUAGUGGACGCGGAGAACUGCGUGCACCGGCUCUACGGCGGCUUCUACACCGACUGGGUCGGUGGCGGCCAGUGGAACCACAUGCUCGGCUACCUGGCUGCUCUGGCCAAGGCCUGCUUUAACGGUAACAUCCAGCUGCAGGUGUGCUUCAACGGUGCGCUGGAAAAGGGCCGCCUGCACGAGUGGGUGAAGCGUCAGGUGAACGACCGGCAGACCGCGCAGCAGAUUGUCAGCCACGUCCAGAACAAGGGAACCCCGCCACCCAAAGUCUGGUUUUUACCGCCUGUGUGUAUGGCACACUGCAUCCGCCUGGCGCUCCUCAGAUUCCGGAUUGAAGUUGUGCAGAGCAUUGAGGAUCAUCAUCAGGAAGUAAUCAUCUUACAUAGAGAGAAUGGGUUCCAUGGCUUGGUAGCCUAUGAUUCUGAUUAUGGUCUGUGCAACAUUCCAUAUUACUUCAGUGCCCACGCUCUAAAGCUCAGCCGUAACGGCAAGAGCCUAACCACCAGCCAGUACCUGAUGCAUGAAGUUGCCAAGCAGCUGGAUCUCAAUCCAAAUAGCUUUGUAAUUUUUGCUUCACUCUUAGGGAAUCACAUUUUGCCUGAUGAGGAUCUUGCUGCCUUUCACUGGAGUUUACUUGGCCCAGAGCACCCUUUAGCAUCCCUGAAGGUCCGUGCCCAUCAGCUAGUACUUCCUCCCUGUGAUGUUGUGAUAAGAGCUGUGGCAGAGUAUGUGCACAACUUGCAGGAUGUCAAUGACCUUGAAGCCAUUGCUAAAGACAUAUUCAAGCACUCCCAGUCCAGGAUUGAUGACAAACUUGUACGCUUUAAGAAAGCAGUGGAGUAUUAUUCAGCUGCCAGUAAACCUCCCCAGUCCUCCUCUUAUAUAGCCAGACCAAAGCGGCUUGGAGUUCCCGAAUCCUCGCCACUGUACGCGUAUCCACCAAUGCCCAACAUUCCACAGCCCUUUCUCCCGCAGCAGCCUGUGAGCCAGCAGAACUCCUCUGGGUUGAUGGCUAAAGGGCCCUCGGAUCAGAAUAACUUCAGCGACAUUCCACAUGACGGCAAGCAACACACACCGCUAUAUGAGCGGGCUUCUCCAAAUCCUGUCGAGAUGGUCUUCAAUGCCUCGUCCACUUCAUCAUCCGAAAAUGAGGAAAACAAUGGCUCCACUGCCAAUCAUAUAAGUGACUAUAAAGGAUGGAACAAACAAAGAGAUCAGGUGAACAGUGUGCCAGAGGGAGACCUUGAGGACCAAAAUAAAUCUGAGCCUUCUGUGACCUCCCCUAUGGGUCAAGGCACAGUGGUCCGAGGUCAUCAUGGUGUCAAUGCCCAGAUUCCAUCUCUACUCUCAAUGCCAACCAGAAACCAUAUGGACAUCACCACGCCACCUUUGCCUUUGGUGGCACCUGAGGUGCUGCGAGUAGCUGAACACAGACACAAGAAGGGCCUCAUGCACCCUUACAUCUACCACAUUCUCACUAAGGGAGAGAUAAAGUUGUCAGUUGCAAUUGAAGAUGAAGCAAAUAAGGAGCUGCCAUCCGCCGUGCAGCUGUACCGACCUAUCCGCCAGUAUGUUUAUGGUGUGCUCUUCAGCCUGGCUGAGGCCAAGAAGAAAGCGGAGAGGCAGGCAAUGAGAAGAAAUCGCCUCCCAGAAUAUCAGCCUGCUGUUAUAAAAGAGUGGUCAGCCUACAAGGGUAAAUCGCCACACACUCCUGAGCUGGUUGAGGCCCUUUCCUUCCGUGAGUGGACCUGUCCCAACCUGAAAAAACUGUGGCUGGGCAAGGCAGUGGAAGACAAGAACCGGCGCAUAAGGGCUUUCCUGGCCUGCAUGAGGUCGGAUACUCCAGCCAUACUAAACCCUGCAAAUGUUCCCGCUCAUCUCAUGGUGCUCUGCUGCAUACUGCGGUUUAUGUUACAAUGGCCAGGAGUAAGAAUUUUGCGUCGUAACGAACUUGACGCUUUCCUAGCCCAAGCACUUUCUCCUAAACUUUAUGAGCCUGACCAACUGCAGGAACUGAAGAUUGAAAACCUGGAUGCACGAGGUGUACAGCUGGCGGCGCUCUUCAUGUGUGGUGUAGACAUGGCUUUGCUGGUGAAUGACGUGUGUGGUCAGCCAAUACCCUGGGAGCACUGCUGCCCGUGGAUGUACUUUGAUGGCAAGCUGCUGCAGAGCAAGCUGAUUGAGGCCACACGAGAAAAGGUCCCACUUCUUGACCUCUGUGAUGGUCAGGUAGAACUGGUCUCCAAACUGGAGAAGAUGCGCCAGAGUAUUAUGGAGGGUCUGAACUUCUCUCGGCCUCCUCACCCCCUCACGUUCCCACCUCUGCAUGUCAUGCCCUUCUACCCCCCCAACAGCACCUUCUACCCACCUCCUCCUCUGCCCCCUGCACCAGGGCGAGGCAGGUCCAUGCCAGGACUGCAGGCUAUCCCAUCACAAGGGGGCAAACUUGAGAUUGCUGGCACAGUGGUCGGACAGUGGGCGGGCUCCCGCCGGGGCAGGGGCAGGGGUUCCUUUCCUAUUCAGGUUGUAUCAGUUGGAGGACCAAGCAGAGGACGACCAAGAGGUGUGAUUUCAACCCCUCUUAUAAGGAGCUUUGGUCGAGGAGUCAGAUAUCUUGGCAGAGGUUUCAAAAGUCAGGGAUUACACCAGAGUAAACCUGUAUAUGCUAACUCCACCAAUGACGUAGGGAAAGAAUGGAAGAAACCCAAUGCAGAGAGCAAAACCUCAUCUGAUGGGUCUGUCGUGGCUGAAAACGGGGUGGAGGGCAAAAAGGCGGAGCUUAAUGGGAACAAAGUAGCUCCCAACCAACCAGAAAGUGCCUUUAGUAACGACUCCAAAAUGUGCAAUAUGAGUCCUCAUUUAACUGCACUAAAUACAGACAGUGAGUGCCACAGAGAUGAAGUACUGAGCACUGCUGUUUUAAAAACAGAAGAGUAAACCUAUUUUUAUAGAGAGGGUGAAAGAUGGAAGGUUCUGGUAUAAGGAAAAUCUGGAAAGAUGGAAAGCCUACAGUUGGUGUACCUUUUUCCUCUCCAAAAAGUGAUUAAUAAGGACUUACUGUAUGAAUAAUUAUUAUUAUUAUUUUGGGAAUCCCUAUUUGAUGUCAGCAAGCAAGUACAUUAAAGAUUUUAAUGACUUUAUAAUUUCAAAUUUCUCAAAAGUAUAGACAUAAAAGUAUACCAGUUAUAGAAUACUAGCAGUAUAUAAGAAGUUAUGUCUACUCCUUCCUCACUAAUUACCUGUCUCAAACUGCUUAUACAGACAUUUUAUUUUACAUUCUCCUGAAUUGCUGAAGCCAAAAAUCAUUUUGGCAGACUUUUUAUACUCAUAUGUUGAGACAUUUUACCAAUAGUUGGCACCAUAUAUAUUUGCCAUUGUAACUGAUUUUGUGUUGUCACAGUAAAUGCUUUUUUUUUCUUUUAAGAAGUGAAACUCAAAACACAAGAAUAAAGAGAAGCACGGACACCUUUCUCACUGGGUCAUCACUGUGGGUUUAGCUAAAAUGUGCAGAAGUGUUUGGAAAUAAAGUAAAUAGAAUAAAUACUGCAGCAUAGUUUUGAUGAUCUCCGUGCCAUGCUUCAAGUGUUGUAAGAACAGUCAAGAAACAGAAAAAUCUUAGAAAAGGUGCAAAAGAGCCAAUGACAAAUGCCAUUCUUUUCUUUGUCAAGAAUUGCCAGGCAUCAAUGAUAUUAGUGUGGUUUCUUGAAUCAAUUGUAGAACAGUAUGAUGGUUUCAGCAACAUUUUGCAUGGUUCAACUUUAAAAAUGGUGUGUAGUUAUGCAUGUUGUCCCUUUUCUUCCAUCUCUACAAGUUCUGUGCCCAUUUGCAAAAUCUUAAAAAGGCUAAUAAUCAGUAAUAGUCCUUUUAAAGGUGUUAACUGUUAGUCAUUAACUGAUUUGAGCUAACCUUCAAUUUUUGUGAUUAUUGACCUCUGUUGCAUUUACUCCAAAAUAUCAGAUGUUAUCUAGCCAUUUUAAAUAUUGUUAACCCUGAUAUACUCAUCCAUAUCUGUAUCCGUUAUUGUACUUUGUUUCCGUUUUCUGCAUUCAAGUUAGCCAACCAUAUGUCUGGGGGGAAAAGAGAAAAAUCUCUGGGCAGAAAAAAGUUUCAGUCUUCAAAUGCCCAGCCCUUCCCGUUCCCUCCCCUUUUCUUAGCUGGAAAACAAAGCAGUGAAAUUAUAUGACCUUCCAAUUUUGAGAGUUUAGAGUAAGCAGGUAAUCUGUGGGAUAAUUUUGGUGUUUUGUUUAGUGUUUUCAGAGCUUAUUGUACUUCUGAAUAAGAAUCAUUACUUCAAGUUUUCCACCUAAUCUUCCUGAUGCCUUCCAUUACACAUUAGUGAUCAGAAAUAUGGUGUAUUUCCCUGCCCGCAAGACUAAAUAGGCUACCUUAAUGUAAGUUGAUCGGAGUUUCUUCCUUACUCAUAGGGUGUCAAAGAAUGAUCUACCGUUGGGUUUGAGUGAUUGUUGACGGCUUGUGGAGUGAUGUAUUUGAAGAAAAUUGAAUGCAACUUACAAUGCUUAAUAAAAGUCUAUUCUUUUAGUAUAA